UGCUCAGUGAGGACCCUUUCUGCCCGGCGAGCAGUUCGGUGCUGCCGUGUGAUUCUUCGGAUACAAACUCUUUUGCGGAAGAUGUAUUACAAAUUCAGCGGUUUUACUCAGAAGUUGACCGGUUCGGCACCAUUAGUCGCAUAUGCUCCCCAGGGCUUCAGGCCGGCUGUCCCCAGCCAAUCACCUACCAUGGUCUUUGCCACGCCCACUAAGGUGACAUCAGAAGUUGGCCGAGGUGCUGAGUAUCUGGGAGCGAACAGAGUGCCUGAUCUGCAGAAGAUCUUUCAGGGGGAGGGAAUGCCCGUGCACCUGAAGAUGGGGGUCCCAGACAAACUGCUGUAUCGCACCACCAUGGCCCUGACCAUAGGGGGCACCCUCUACUGCCUCAUGGCGCUCUACAUUGCCACUCAGCCCCGCAAGUGAGGCCAGCAUCAAAACUGAAGGAUUGGUUACCACGACGACUGCAGUGAUGACGAUCAUGAUCUUUGAGUAAUGGACUCAUCCCCCUGACCUGCAUCCUGACCUGUUCCCUCAUGGGUUAAAGCUCUGUGUUACUCUUCUGUAAAGAGGAAGUUAUCAUUCCCCGUCUGUACAAAAUAAUCUACCAGCAAACUCUCGCUGUGGAGGCUCGAGGACUUGACCUGUCUCCUACCCAAACCCUCACCAUUCCUCCAGCUCAUACUGUGUGUGCGUGUGUGCGUGCGUGCGUGCGUGCGUGCGUGUGUGCGUGUGUGUUUAUGCACAUGGGUGUCCCUUUAGCUCCGGAUCACCUGUCUGAUGGCUUUGAUAACAUUGUGAAAAACAGUUACCAGCCGUUCCUUCUGCCAAAGGCCUUUGGAAGUUUCUAGAAGAUGAAAAGGCAGUAAAGGAUUUGAUUGUUGCUGCUGGAGAAUGUCUGUCUGUGUCUGAUCAGGCACCAAUUUCAGCAAGAGAGUGUGAUAAAUGUAAAAAAUGCCCCUUUGAUAGAGUGUGAAAUAGGCUGAUUGCCCCUUUGAUAGAGUGUGAAAUAGGCUGAUUGCCCCUUUGAUAGAGUGUGAAAUAGGCUGAUUGGAUGGUGAUUGUGCACUAAUGUCUGUUUCACUCUUCUGUCAUGUAAGCAGAUCUCAUGCUGGUUAUUGUGUGUGAAUGUGAAAACGCAGGCUUGGUUCUUGUGUCUGCGCAGCCACUAGUGGUUCUUGUCCCAGGGCACAGCAGCCAGCAGCCACCGUCUUGUGCAUGUGUGGCUCGCUCUGUCGCACCUCUGUGAUUUGCUUUCACUGCAUCUAAAAACUGUAUCUCAUGCGAGCUUGUCAGUUAUGUGGGAAAAUAAAGACAAACAGAAAAGAAA